GCGGGAAUAGUAAAUCCGAAAUUCGGCUCCCGGACAGUGGAGAGCGACUGUCUCGCGCAAUGGUCACUCCCCAGUCCACACUGGGUGAAUCCCAUUUAAUAGGCUAGAAGGACUAUUGAUAAUGUUCAGAUGCGAGGAGCUGUAGUUGGGGAUUUGAUAGAGAAUACCAUGGCAAUGCUUUUUUAUAAGAGAGACAUUCUACCACAGAACCUCUACAGUGCUAUAUGGACGCAUGGAGGCGCUGAUGCACUACCAUGCCCAUGAGAUGCCAAUCUGCAAUUUUAUGGGGGACAACUGUCUCUGGCAGCCAGGGUACUUGUAGAUUGUAAUCAGACAUAGAAAUAUCAAACGUCAUAGAUACAACGUUCAGGUAAUUUAGCUGAUAAUAUAAUCUCGUGACAUUUUUCAGUCAAGCAACCUUGCAAAACCAGCAGUCAAUAGAAAGGCAAGACAGCUAACGUUACUGUUAGCGUAGCUAGCUAACAAACACAUAUUUGGGGGUUUAACGUAAUGGAUAAAAAUGACACAAUAACAUACAGUGUACAACUGUGUAUAUAUACGACCUGUCAAGAGGAGUGGCUCGCAAUCUCAGCCCCAUCAUGUUAGGGUGGAACAAUGCUUGGUUCCCCAGACAUUGUGGUGGAAUUGGGAAACAGAGGUGACAGGAGAUCUUCAUGGACUACCUGUCCUUGCUAGGAGAGAACACAUACAGAGGUGACAAGUAUAGGUUGUUUGAGCACAACUUUAACACCUUCACUAAUGAGGUGGCCCAGUUCUUAACAGGCCGGAAGAUCCCUUCUUACGUCACAGACCUGCCCUCCGAAGUGUUCUCCACACCCUUUGGUCAGAUACUCCGGCCUAUACUGGACUCCAUCCACAUCGCUCCUCCUGGGGGGAACAUCAUCAACGGUCGCCACAGCUAAACUGCCUGAGCUGCACACAGUAGAAUUUAGAUAUGUUCUAAUUUACAUUUUCAAAAUGGAGGUGGGUUAUUGACAAAACCAUGGAGGGUGAAUCUCAGUGAGUCUAGUCAGUCACACUGCUUUUGUACUGUGUAUGCUUGCUUUUAGUAUGAUUGUUUUGUAACUCCCUACCAGCAAUGCUCUCGCCUUUUUUAGUAUAUUUAAAAGAAAUGUAGAUUCAGUUUAGUUUUUGUUUACGGACCUUCCUUGUUCAAAUCAAAAUCAAAUUUAUUUAUAUAGCCCUUCGUACAUCAGCUGAUAUCUCAAAGUGCUGUACAGAAACCCAGCCUAAAACCCCAAACAGCAAGCAAUGCAGGUGUA